AUGUCUAAAACUCAUCCUGGCUCCUAUUCUGGAAAUCCUGCAUUCACCUAUACUCUCUAUAUGCCGUCAUCUGCCUCCUCCGUCACUACUCUCUUUCCUCUCGCAGUUCUCAUUCAUGGCUUAUCUCGUAAACCAGAAGCAAUGCUCAACGAUUACAAAGAUUUUUCUCAGCAAAAUCAGUGUGCACUCUUCGUACCCUACUUUCCUGAACAAUAUUCUUACCAUAGAAUGAUCUCAGGAAAUGAUCCAUCUUUUCGUUUUGACCGCUUACUCCUUCAUAUGUUAGAUGAAAUGAAAAGGAUGCACCAGCAAGUUGAUAUAAGCAAAUUUCUUCUUCAUGGUUAUAGUGCUGGUGGACGGUUCGUACAUCGAUUUGCCUAUUUAAAUGCCAGCAGAAUUCUAGGUCUAUCAAUUGGGGCUCCAGGUGAAAUUACUUUGAUCGGUAACAACUGGCCUGUGGGAACUGGAAAUCUUCCAACAGUUUUCAAUGGAGAUAACAUUGAUAGGGAAGCUAUGAGCGUUUUACCAACUCAAAUCUGUAUCGGUGAUUUGGAUAAAGAGCGGGUGGACAAGGCGAAACGAUUGAAAGACAACUAUGACAACGUUGGGCUAAAGUGGGUGCAAUACGAUUUAGUGAAAAACGCAGGACAUGAUAGUUCAAGCAUGAGAAAUAUUGUUAGUGCAUUUUUUCGAAGUGUCUUAUCAAAUAUUCAUCAAACUGCGAAUGAUAGAAUUGCUUCCGGAGCGUCAGAAAAAGCGCACAGAGUGAUUGCUCUUCGUUCUAACGCUAACGGGAAAUUUGUCUGUGCAGAGAACGCAGGAAGAGAUUCAUUGAUCGCGAACCGCGAUUCUGUGGCUGGUUGGGAAACUUUCGAUAUGAUCGAUCUCGAAGGAGGAAAUGUUGCAUUGAAAUCACAUGCCAAUGGGCGAUAUGUUUGUGCCGAAAAUGGAGGUAACGGCACAUUGAUGGCUAGUCGUAAAAAAAUCAAUGCCUGGGAAACUUUUAGAAAAGUUGAUCGUGGCAAUGGCAAGGUGGCUUUCAUAGCAGUCAAUGGAAAAUACGUCAGUGUUGGCAAUUUUGGCAACAGCGAACUAACGGCAGAUCGAGAUAAUGCCGGCAACUGGGAGACUUUCGAUGUAGUUGAGAAAUAA